CUUCACGCGUUGCCACCUCAUCCAUCAACUAUGGCGUCUCAACCACAUGCUCAGAAGCUUGCAAAAGAAGGUCGAUUAGGCCUUGCAAUCGCCUCUUUUCAAUCAAACCCUCUAUUAUCUGUGCGCAAGCUUGCUGCAGCCUAUAAUGUGCCAGAAUCUACCCUUCGAACACGCCUUCGAGGUAUUCAACCAAAACACGCGACUAGGUCACCAAAUCAAAAGCUAUCUCCUACUGAGGAGCAGGCCCUAGUAGACUGGAUCCUAGAGCUUGACCGACGUGGAUUUCCACCCCAGAUUAUUGAUGUACGACGAAUGGGAGAUAAUCUACUCGCUGCGCGCGGCCAGCAGCCUCCUCCUCUACCCCUAGGCAAGCUCUGGGCAUCACGCUUUAUUCAGUCUCAGCCAGAGCUCUAG